AUAUAUAUAUAUAUAUAUCAAGAAAUUAAUGUUUACAAAUCAAUUGAAUUGAACAUUGAAUCCGAAAAAAACAAUUUUUAAUUUCUGAAACAAAAAAACAAUUUUGUUUGUCCAUUCAUUCUCUAGUGUUCAAUUGAAUUGAAUUGAAGUGUUUGAUUGGUGAUGAUUACUUACACACAUUAAACCUUGAGUAAAUAAGCUACUAGCUAUUCAUUCAUUCAUUCAUGCAUUCGGUUUUUGUAAUAUUUGCUGCAAUCAAUUACCAACUUUAAGGCUUUGUAAUAAAAGCAUUCAAAUGAUAAUUCUAAUGCAAUCAGUCAAGCUAUCGGCUUUGUUACAAAGAGAAAAUGUCAUUGUGUCUACAACAACAACACUACGACGAUUGGUUAGUACGAUAAAAUCGUCACCGCCUGGGAAUUCUGAUGGUAACACUUCAAAACCUGUAGAACAUGUUCAAGAUGUAAAGAAAAUGUCAACGGAAUCGAAGACCUAUAAUGUACCAGAAUAUUAUAAACACAAUGCAUUUGAUUUUUACGAUUCUGAAGUACAACUGAAAGGAUUUCGAUUACCACAACCUAAUCCUUCAUGAUUUAUGUGUGACAUUGUUUUUUAAACAUUUAAUAGUAGUUAUGUAAUAGAUUAUAAAAAAAAUUAUUCAUGUACUAAACAUUCGAGGCAAAUAUACGUAUUAUUUCUUA